CCAUCCCAUCACCACCACCACCUUUGCCUUACUCGUAUCAUCUUCUGAUCAGCUCUCUGCGCUGUCUGCUCGGAACUUGGAAAGAGAGAAACAUCUCUAGAAAUCUGUCUCUAGUCUGUACCCUGUGUUUGAUUUCUUCUGGGUAUGAUUGGAAGUGCUCGCCAAACCAGUAGAGGGCUAAUGGUUUGGAGUUUGUUGUGUAUAUCAGGAGUUUCUGGGAUCACGGCCAUGGACGAUGGUUUCGACAACGCCAUCUUGUUGAACCACGCUUCCAUUGCUGAUUAUUCGUCAUACCCGUCUGCGUGCUUGAUUAGAGUAACUGGGUACUCGAAACUUGAGUCCGUUACUUUCAAGAAGGCCUCUCCCAAACCCCCCGCCGCUGCCGCUGCUACUUCUGGCAACAAAGAAUACGCAUGAUCUCCUUUUUACUUCUCUCCUCUUCCUCUGUUUGUUAACUCCUCCUGCAUUUCCUUUCCUUGCCUGUUCUAAUAAGGAAUUUUGGGUCAUUUUCCUAUCACUAUGCUGACAUCGUCACCGCCCCGGUUUUCUUAUUCGACAACGAUGGCAACCGUGAAUGGGGUUGCUGCUUCUUUAACUGUCUCCGCCACUCCCCACCAAAGCAAUUGUGGAGAUCGUCGUUCUCUCAGGUAUGAUCGUCGAUGGAAUGGGAAGCAGACGCACAGGAGCCUUUCCCUGCUGGCUGCUGCCGCUACCCCUUUUAGCAGUCAGACGAGGGCUCAUUCGUCCCGCUCUGAUUUUUACCUUGAGGUCCUCAAGGCCGCCAGAGAAAAGUUUACCCAGGAAAUCUCCUUCCAGUCCAAGGACAAAGACGUUUCUAUUGCUAAGGCUUUACUCUAUGUUGCUGCUGAAGAUGAAGCAUUUAUGGCUUUUAACCGAGAGAAGGAUGCACGCUCAUUCAUGAAUGAAAGAAGUGAUGCCCCGGUCUCAUUUGAGACAAAUGAGUGGGAUUGCUUGGAAGCUGUUCCUUUGGCUGGUAGGAGCAUAUAUGAGUGGUUGAAUGAGCUUGAUUGUAUUGCCAAAGAAGUGGAAGCAGAGUUGGUUUCGAGAGAUAUUGGUUGUCAUUUGGUGGAAGUUUUGGAGGCAGUGAAUGUGGUUCUUUUUGAAUCACGAGGAUUUAAAAGGUUUCCUGUGCUUCACGACCCAAAGUAUUCUUACUUGCACACAGUGCUAAGCUCUGGAUGCGGCAGCGCAAUUUUGCUUAGUGUUAUCUAUAUUGAAGUUUGUCGAAGACUUGGUGUGACUAUUGUCGGUUCUCGAGUUGGGGAAGAUUUUUUGAUUUGGCCCCAAACGGGGAACCCUGAGGAGCUUUUCAAGGUUUCAUCAGGACAUAGUAUGUUUGCCACAGUUAAUGGAAGAUGUGUGGAGGAUCCUAGAUCAAGAGCUUCUGACUUGACCAGUAAUUCACUUUUAGGACUUGAUAUUGCAACCAAUAGAGACAUCAUUGGAAUAGCUUUGGCUAAUUUGAUUAGGCUUCACUGGAAACGUGCCUCAAAGAUGAACCAUGGAUUGAUGCUGACUUCUCCACUCAGACCUGUUCAUGACAGGAAUGAAAAAUCAGGCAAGACUGAUAGUUCAAAGGUCCCUUUGUUGCGGCCUCAAGAUUUGAGAUAAGCUGUGGCUAUGAUCUGGUUCAAGGAUUUGCCUUUACUUCUGCGCCACCAGGAUCAACUCCAUAUAGGCAAGGAGAGAACAAAGAUUGCUUAAUUUAAAUUGCAGUGAACGGGAGAUCCCCAGGGCAGAAAAAUUUUGCACAUGCCAUGUCACUUAAAGUUUAGGGAACCUCCCUGGAAAUAAGGCUUUGUUUGGUUCUAUGGGUGUUUAUUGAAAAAAUGCUGCCACAUCAGCACCAGUGUUGGCGUUUAUUGUAUAUGAAGCAAAAUGAAACAACUGUUUGGUUUCACCAUGGUAGAAAACUGAAAUAUUUUGAUUUUUGUGUAUGGGGCAUUUGGGGAAACGUCAAAUUCUUGCUUUCCCCCAAUGCCCCAGUGUUUCUUGUAUCCUAUCUUACCUGGAUAAGACAACUAGAUAGCUGGACAUGGUAUCUGAUAUGAAAUUUAGUGUAUAUGACACGAUACAGCACCCUUGUACAGGUAUCCGGGUUAUAUGGGAUGUAUGAAAGAUCUUAAGUUCAGAUUUUCAUAA